GCCGUCGUUGCCAAUUUCAUCUCUCUUUCUUUCUCUCUAUACAAGUGUUUGUUAUUGGAAUGAUAAAGAGGAGAUUCUAUAAGCUUGAUCAUGGUGAUCGUGAUGCCUCAGAUCCGUCCUCUUCAUCCUCAGAUUCUGAGCUUGAAGCUGAAGCCACUGAAGAAUCAGAGGAUGAUCCAAUACCACAAGUAAAACAGGAUAAUGAAGUUGGAUCAACAUCUUCUGGAUAUGAAAGUGAGGAAAGUUCUGCCAAUGAUGUUGAUGUCAACUCAGCAGGUCAGCUAUUUAGUGAAGAUGAUGCUGGAAUUAUAAAUGAAAGACAAACACUUGUUAACAUGGAGUUGCCUGGUACAUGUGAUUCUGAAAAGUCUAAUGUCUUGGCUGAAAAGAAACUCUUACCAACGGAUAUGCCAUCCUACAUCUUAAAAUGCAAAUCAGUUUUUAAGUGCAGGAUAUGUCCUCGGAUUAUCUGUUUGACUGAGGACACUAUGCGGGAUCAUCUGCAAUCAAAGAGACAUGCUCGGUCUGAAAAACUACUUAGUGAAGGUAGACUGAAGGCCAUGCUCGAUAGUGAUGGUGAAAUUGAGAACCAAGAGGUCUCAGAGAUCCAAACCAAAGAUACUGAGGAGAAUGUGAAGAAGAAUCACAAAGGACAGAAGCAGCAUAAAAAGAGAUUGAGAAAGAAGCAUAGUGACGGUGCAAACGGACGGAAAAUGCUGUCUACAAAAGGGUCAAGCAAGAGAAGGAGAAAGAAGUGAAAGCUGAGAAAUGGGUUGUAUGGAACAAAUUUUCCCGGAACUGCCAUUUGCCUUUGUGUGCAAAGUCUGCGUGGUCUUAUCUAUGCUGUACUGAUGGUGUUUUUUGAACACCGUUCCCCUUCCCCUUCCCCUUUCGCCUCUGUUCAAUAGUUUCCUGUUUCUCCGUCCCAUUUGGAUCGUUCAAUAUAGCAUUCCGCUUCCUACAAUAUUUGACAGCAUUUAUAUUCAUUUUUUUUCUCGGAGCAUCAUAUCAAUGUAACGGAAUUGAAAGUUCCCUUGUAAAGACAUUAG